AUGGGCAAGGAAAAGAUUCAUAUCAACAUCGUUGUAAUUGGUCAUGUGGACUCUGGCAAGUCCACGACCACCGGCCACCUGAUAUACAAAUGUGGUGGCAUCGACAAGCGAACUAUUGAAAAAUUCGAGAAGGAAGCCCAAGAGAUGGGUAAAGGAUCUUUCAAGUACGCCUGGGUACUGGACAAGCUAAAAGCAGAACGUGAACGUGGUAUUACCAUCGAUAUCGCCCUGUGGAAGUUCGAGACGGCCAAAUAUUAUGUGACCAUCAUCGAUGCCCCUGGGCACAGGGACUUCAUUAAGAACAUGAUUACGGGUACUUCACAGGCGGAUUGUGCGGUGCUCAUAGUGGCUGCUGGAACUGGAGAAUUCGAGGCCGGGAUUAGCAAGAACGGGCAGACUCGUGAGCAUGCGCUGCUCGCCUUCACUUUGGGUGUAAAGCAACUAAUCGUGGGCGUUAACAAGAUGGAUUCCACAGAGCCACCGUACCACGAAGCGCGAUACGAGGAAAUUAAGAAAGAAGUUUCUUCCUACAUCAAGAAGAUUGGUUACAACCCGGCCACGGUGGCCUUCGUGCCUAUCUCGGGCUGGCACGGCGACAAUAUGCUCGAGCCUUCUGACAAGAUGCCCUGGUUCAAGGGGUGGAACAUCGACCGCAAAGAUGGAAAGGUUGAGGGCAAGACCCUUAUCGAGGCUCUCGACGCUAUCCAGCCUCCGUCUCGUCCCACUGAAAAGCCGUUGCGCUUACCGCUUCAGGACGUGUACAAAAUUGGUGGUAUUGGGACAGUGCCCGUAGGACGGGUUGAAACCGGAGUUCUCAAGCCAGGUAUGGUGGUGGUGUUUGCCCCAGCCGCCAUUACUACUGAGGUGAAAUCCGUGGAAAUGCACCACGAAGCGCUCCAAGAGGCAAUGCCUGGUGACAAUGUUGGCUUUAACGUGAAGAACGUCUCGGUAAAGGAGUUGCGUCGUGGUUAUGUAGCCGGAGACUCCAAGAACAAUCCCCCCAAGGGUGCUGCUGAUUUUACCGCUCAGGUGAUUGUGCUGAACCACCCAGGGCAGAUUAGUAACGGUUACACCCCGGUUCUCGAUUGCCACACAGCACACAUCGCUUGCAAGUUCGCUGAGAUCAAAGAAAAAUGCGAUCGUCGUACUGGCAAGACAACUGAAGUUGAACCGAAGUCCAUAAAGUCGGGCGAUGCAGCAAUCGUGACCCUGAUGCCGACCAAGGCUCUUUGCGUGGAGUCGUUCCAGGAGUUCCCACCUCUUGGCCGCUUUGCAGUACGCGACAUGCGUCAGACUGUCGCUGUCGGAGUUAUUAAGGUGUUAUUUCAUUAUACACCCCUAGAAUAA